AUGGACGCCUUCAAGGGAGGCAUGAGCCUGGAGAGGCUGCCGGAGGGGCUGCGGCCACCUCCCCCGCCGCCGCACGACAUGGGGCCCAGCUUCCACCUGGCCCGCGCCCCCGACCCCCGGGAGCCGCUGGAGAACUCCGCCAGCGAGUCCUCCGACACGGAUCUGCCAGACAAGGAGCGCGGCGGGGAAGCCAAGGGGCCCGAGGACGGUGGCGCGGGCGGCGCGGGCUGCGGUGGCGCCGAGGACCCGACCAAGAAGAAGAAGCAGCGGCGGCAACGCACCCACUUCACCAGCCAGCAGUUGCAGGAGCUGGAGGCCACGUUCCAGAGGAACCGCUACCCUGACAUGAGCAUGAGAGAGGAGAUCGCGGUGUGGACCAACCUCACGGAGCCGCGAGUGCGGGUCUGGUUCAAGAACCGGCGAGCCAAGUGGCGCAAGCGGGAGCGGAACCAGCAGUUGGACCUGUGCAAGGGCGGCUACGUGCCGCAGUUCGGCGGCCUGGUGCAGCCCUACGAGGACGUUUACGCGGCCGGCUACUCCUACAACAACUGGGCGGCCAAGAGCUUGGCGCCGGCGCCGCUGUCCGCCAAGAGCUUCCCCUUCUUCAACUCCAUGAGCCCGCUGUCCUCCCAGUCCAUGUUCUCGGCCCCCAGCUCCAUCUCCUCCAUGACCAUGCCGUCCAGCAUGGGCCCGGGCGCCGUGCCCGGCAUGCCCAACUCGGGCCUCAACAACAUCAACAACCUCACCGGCUCCUCGCUCAACUCGGCCAUGUCGCCGGGCGCCUGCCCCUACGGCACCCCCGCCUCGCCCUACAGCGUCUACCGGGACACGUGCAACUCGAGCCUCGCCAGCCUGCGGCUCAAGUCCAAGCAGCACUCGUCCUUCGGCUAUGGCGGCCUGCAGGGCCCGGCCUCGGGCCUCAACGCCUGCCAGUACAACAGCUGA